UGAGCUUGCCGCCGUCGACGGCUACCAUCCCCAUUGUGAAUAAAAUUACCCAGGUUAAAAAAAUAUACAGAAUUUAAAAUUUCGUAAAGUGUGUAAUUUGAUUAUUUGAAAAUGAAUUUGAUUGUGGCCACAAUGAGUUUCGUGAARGCAAGUAGCCACCAAACUGCAAACAUCACUCUCACCGCUGUCAGCUGGUUACUGCUGGGGUUUGGAUUGAUCAUUUCAUUGCCAGUUUGCACAGCUGGCCCGCAUGAGAAGCGCCUUCUUCACGCCCUGCUCGACAACUACAACAGUCUGGAGCGACCUGUCGUCAACGAAUCCGAUCCACUGCAGCUGAGCUUCGGGCUGACGCUAAUGCAAAUCAUCGAUGUGGAUGAGAAGAAUCAAUUGCUAAUAACAAAUAUUUGGCUCAAAUUGGAAUGGAAUGAUAUGAACCUGCGCUGGAACUCAAGCGAGUAUGGCGGUGUACGUGAUCUCCGAAUUCCUCCGCACAGACUUUGGAAACCGGAUGUGCUCAUGUACAAUAGCGCCGAUGAGGGUUUCGACGGCACCUACGCCACUAAUGUUGUGGUACGAAAUAACGGCUCGUGUCUGUACGUGCCGCCCGGCAUUUUUAAAUCCACCUGCAAAAUCGACAUCACGUGGUUCCCAUUCGACGAUCAGCGCUGUGAAAUGAAAUUCGGCUCUUGGACGUAUGAUGGCUUUCAGCUGGAUUUGCAAUUGCAGGAUGAAGCUGGCGGCGACAUCUCAAGCUUCAUAACGAAUGGCGAAUGGGACUUGCUAGGCGUGCCCGGUAAACGAAAUGAAAUCUACUAUAAUUGCUGCCCAGAACCUUAUAUUGACAUAACGUUCGCCAUUUUAAUACGACGGAAAACUUUGUACUAUUUUUUUAACUUAAUUGUGCCGUGCGUACUGAUAGCCUCAAUGGCACUGCUAGGGUUCACACUGCCCCCCGAUUCUGGUGAGAAGCUCUCGCUCGGAGUUACAAUUCUACUAUCGCUAACAGUCUUCCUCAAUAUGGUGGCCGAAACGAUGCCAGCGACCUCAGAUGCAGUGCCGCUCCUAGGAACUUAUUUCAAUUGCAUUAUGUUUAUGGUGGCCUCAUCAGUUGUGUCAACCAUACUUAUCCUCAAUUAUCAUCAUAGAAAUCCAGAUACGCAUGAAAUGAGUGAAUGGAUAAGAGUAAUAUUCCUUUAUUGGUUACCUUGCAUAUUGCGGAUGCAAAGGCCGGGACAGGUCGGCUAUGARUGCCCACCGCCGCCGUCGUCAUCGAGCUCCUCCAAUGCCGGCGAUAAAAAGCACCAGAUGCAGAACGUCGAACUGAAAGAAAGCAGAUCAUCGAAAUCAUUACUCGCCAAUGUUCUGGACAUCGACGACGACUUCCGUUGUAACCAUCGCUGCGCCAGCGCCACGUUGCCCCAUCAACCGACUUACUAUCGCGCCAUGUAUAGGCAAGGCGAUGACGGCAGCGUCGGUCCGGUGGGUCCCGUCGGCCCUGUCGGCCCAGUGGGCGAUGCGCGGAUGCACGAAGCCAUGUCGCACACCUGCCUCAGCUCAUCUGCCGAGUAUGAAUUGGCGCUUAUCCUGAAAGAACUGCGAUGGAUCACAGAUCAGCUGAAGAAAGAGGACGAAACGGGCGAUGUAACGCGCGACUGGAAAUUCGCAGCGAUGGUAGUUGAUCGCUUGUGCCUUAUAAUUUUCACGCUGUUUACAAUAAUUGCCACUCUGGCGGUACUCUUCUCUGCACCACAUUUCAUUUUCCCAUAAUUUGUGUCAACGUCUAAAGUCUGGCAACUACAAAAGCAACAUUUGGUGCAGGCGAUAACGCGGAAAGCUACGAUUACAAUCAAGAAACUUUUAUUCGUCGUUUUUGUGUUUCAAUGUCAAAUGUCAACAGAGCGAUUUUCAACCUCUAACUAUGGAAGGAAAAAAUCAACAACACAUGUAGCAAAAAAUGCAAAUAACAAAAACAAAAUGUGCCUCAGUCAA